CGGGGCCCGGAGCCGAGCGGGACGCGCGGCGACCGCCGUCGGGGCCAACCGCCAGGGUUUCGCCCGGCGCCGGCUGCAGCCGCCCCCGCCCCAGCGUGGCGGCCCGGCUCCCUCUAGUCCCGUCGCCGCCGCCCAGAACCCAGCGGCCCGGCCAGAGCCGCGGACGCCGCGACGCCGGCGUUGACGGCGGCUGCGACAGCCUCGGGAGCGCGUGAGGCUCCGGGGUCGCGGCGGCGAUUGGCCGGCCGCGGCGCCCGCUCCCAGAAUGCAGCGCAUGGCGCGUCAUUGAAGAGAGACCAUGAUGGCGGCGGCGCUGGGGCCCCCAGAAGUGAUCGCUCAGCUGGAGAACGCGGCCAAAGUUCUGAUGGCACCACCUUCCAUGGUCAAUAAUGAACAACGCCAGCAUGCAGAGCACAUAUUCUUAUCAUUUAGGAAAUCAAAAUCACCAUUUGCAGUUUGUAAGCAUAUUUUGGUUCUUCAUGCUUUGGAAGUAACAGUUGAAGAGAGGUGAGGAAAGUUUGUGAAAAUUGUGAUCGGUGAUUAGCUGCCACCUGCCUGAGGUGUCUUCUGAGAGGAACUAACCUCUUUGUGGUGCUAGAGCAAGGUCACUGGAUAAAAAAAAGAACAGAAACUAGUAAAGUGGACUAUGUCCUUUUUCAAGCUGCCACAGCCAUAAUGGAAGCAGUUGUCCGAGAGUGGAUUCUCUUGGAAAAAGGUAGCAUCGAGUCGCUGAGAACAUUCCUUUUAACCUAUGUCUUACAAAGGCCCAACCUCCAAAAGUAUGUUCGGGAACAGAUUCUACUAGCAGUAGCAGUAAUUGUAAAGCGAGGAUCAUUAGAUAAAUCAAUUGACUGCAAAAGCAUUUUUCAUGAAGUCAGCCAGUUGAUAAGUAGUGGCAAUCCCACUGUGCAAACUCUGGCCUGUUCUAUUCUAACUGCACUAUUAAGUGAAUUUUCAAGUUCAAGUAAAACUAGCAACAUUGGAUUGAGUAUGGAAUUCCAUGGUAACUGCAAAAGAGUUUUUCAGGAAGAAGACCUUCGUCAGAUCUUCAUGUUAACUGUUGAAGUUCUGCAGGAGUUUAGCAGGCGGGAAAACCUGAAUGCACAGAUGUCUUCAGUAUUUCAGCGUUACCUUGCACUCGCCAAUCAAGUCUUGAGCUGGAACUUUCUUCCUCCAAAUUUGGGCAGACAUUAUAUAGCUAUGUUUGAAUCCUCACAAAAUGUGCUAUUGAAGCCAACAGAGUCCUGGCGGGAGACUCUUCUGGACAGCAGAGUUAUGGAGCUUUUCUUCACAGUACAUCGAAAAAUCAGAGAAGAUUCAGAUAUGGCACAAGAUUCUCUGCAGUGCCUUGCCCAGUUAGCUUCUCUCCACGGACCCAUCUUCCCUGAUGAAGGAUCACAAAUUGAUUAUCUAGCACACUUCAUUGAGGGAUUACUGAAUACUAUCAAUGGAAUUGAAAUAGAAGAUUCUGAAGCUGUGGGAAUCUCCAGCAUUAUAAGCAACUUGAUAACUGUGUUCCCUCGAAAUGUUUUAACUGCCAUUCCAAAUGAACUUUUCUCCUCCUUUGUUAACUGCCUCACACACCUCACUUGUUCUUUUGGGCGAAGUGCUGCGUUGGAAGAAGUGCUUGAUAAAGAUGACAUGGUAUACAUGGAAGCAUAUGAUAAAUUGCUGGAGUCCUGGCUAACUUUGGUCCAAGAUGACAAACAUUUCCAUAAAGGCUUUUUUACCCAACAUGCAGUUCAAGUUUUCAAUUCCUAUAUUCAGUGCCACCUAGCAGCUCCAGAUGGCACAAGGAAUUUGACUGCCAAUGGUGUGGCCUCUCGGGAGGAAGAAGAAAUAAGUGAACUUCAAGAGGAUGAUCGAGACCAGUUUUCUGAUCAACUAGCCAGUGUAGGAAUGCUAGGAAGAAUUGCUGCAGAACACUGUAUACCUCUUCUGACAAGUUUAUUAGAAGAAAGAGUAACAAGACUCCAUGGUCAGUUACAACGACAUCAGCAACAACUACUUGCUUCACCUGGGUCAAGCACUAUUGAUAACAAAAUGCUUGAUGAUCUCUAUGAAGAUAUUCACUGGCUUAUUUUAGUUACAGGCUACCUCUUAGCUGAUGAUACUCAGGGAGAGACUCCGCUAAUACCUCCAGAAAUAAUGGAAUAUUCCAUUAAGCAUUCAUCUGAAGUUGACAUUAAUACAACACUUCAAAUUUUGGGAUCUCCAGGAGAAAAGGCUUCUUCCAUCCCAGGGUACAACAGAACAGAUUCUGUGAUUAGGCUGUUAUCUGCCAUUCUGAGAGUUUCAGAAGUUGAAUCUCGUGCAAUAAGAGCAGAUCUCACACAUCUACUAAGCCCCCAAAUGGGCAAAGAUAUUGUUUGGUUUUUAAAACGCUGGGCAAAGACUUAUCUUCUGGUGGAUGAAAAACUAUAUGAUCAGAUAAGUCUGCCAUUCAGUACAGCAUUUGGAGCAGAUACGGAGGGUUCUCAGUGGAUUAUUGGCUACCUCUUACAAAAAGUCAUCAGUAACCUCUCGGUCUGGAGCAGUGAGCAGGACCUGGCAAAUGACACUGUGCAGCUCCUUGUGACUUUGGUGGAAAGAAGGGAAAGGGCAAACUUAGUAAUUCAGUGUGAAAACUGGUGGAACUUAGCUAAACAGUUUGCAAGCCGAAGCCCACCUCUUAAUUUCUUGUCAAGUCCCGUGCAGAGAACACUGAUGAAGGCUCUAGUCUUAGGAGGUUUCGCACAUAUGGACACAGAAACGAAACAACAGUAUUGGACAGAGGUCCUUCAGCCACUUCAGCAGCGAUUCUUAAGAGUGAUAAACCAAGAAAACUUUCAGCAGAUGUGUCAGCAAGAAGAAGUCAAGCAGGAAAUCACCGCCACACUGGAGGCGCUGUGUGGCAUUGCCGAGGCCACCCAGAUCGAUAACGUAGCAAUCCUUUUCAAUUUUUUAAUGGACUUUCUUACCAAUUGCAUUGGGUUGAUGGAAGUUUACAAAAAUACCCCAGAGACUGUCAAUCUCAUUAUAGAAGUUUUUGUUGAAGUUGCACAUAAACAGAUAUGUUAUCUUGGAGAGUCCAAAGCUAUGAACUUAUAUGAAGCCUGCCUUACUUUGUUGCAAGUAUAUUCUAAGAAUAAUUUAGGGCGGCAAAGAAUAGAUGUUACAGCGGAAGAAGAGCAAUACCAAGACCUACUUCUCAUUAUGGAACUUCUUACUAAUCUUCUGUCAAAAGAAUUCAUAGAUUUCAGUGACACAGAUGAAGUGUUUAGAGGACAUGAGCCGGGUCAAACAGCAAACAGAUCCGUAUCAGCAGCGGAUGUAGUUUUAUAUGGAGUAAAUCUAAUUCUGCCCUUGAUGUCACAAGAUCUUCUGAAGUUUCCAACUCUUUGUAAUCAAUACUACAAAUUAAUCACAUUUAUCUGUGAGAUUUUUCCUGAAAAAAUACCGCAGCUUCCUGAGGAUCUGUUCAAAAGUCUGAUGUACUCCCUAGAAUUAGGAAUGACAUCAAUGAGUUCGGAGGUUUGCCAGCUUUGCCUGGAGGCCUUGACACCGUUAGCUGAACAGUGUGCAAAAGCACAGGAAACAGAUUCACCACUUUUUCUAGCAACACGGCACUUUCUUAAGCUGGUUUUUGAUAUGCUGGUUUUGCAAAAGCACAACACAGAGAUGACCACUGCGGCCGGCGAAGCUUUCUACACAUUGGUGUGUUUGCACCAGGCUGAAUAUUCCGAACUAGUCGAAACAUUACUGUCAAGUCAACAAGACCCUGUUAUUUACCAGAGAUUAGCAGAUGCCUUCAACAAGCUCACUGCAAGUAGCACUCCUCCUACGCUGGAUCGGAAGCAGAAGAUGGCCUUCCUGAAGAGUUUAGAAGAAUUUAUGGCAAAUGUUGGUGGUCUCCUUUGUGUAAAAUAAACAACAAAACUUUAUGCUUAAUUUAGAUCCUUUCUGCAAAGUGCACUGAAUUGCUGAAAGUUGACUUGAGUCUUGUCCUGUUCCUCAGUUCAUUUGGCCAUUUUAGAUUUUGGAGAGCCUGAAACUUCGAUAUAUAAUACAGUGAAACAGGAGAGGCCAACCAACUUUGAGUCAGCUGUUAGUGUUAGCCACAGUCUGUCAUAUGUAUGUCUCCUUUGUUUUGAAUGGUGAUUUAAAAUUUUCAAAAUGAUAUUCCAUAUAUAUGUGCAGAUAUGGGCACCAUGAAAUACAUAUUCAGUGCCUUUCCCCCUUUUAUCAAAACAUAGGUGGCUAGCCAAAGUUUAGAAUUUUUGUCAUUAAAUAUUAGGUGGAUAUAUGCUAGGCAAUGUUUCUUGAAAUGUUGUCCAUAGAUCACCUGCAUCACCUGAGGAGCUGAUUGAAAAGGUAGAGUCCUAGGCCCAACUGUAGACCUUCAGAGUCAGAGUUUCUAGUUGUUGGACCCUGGAGUCUUCAUUUUAAUAAGCUGCUCCCUUCCAUCACCCCAAACGUUUUGCAUCAACACAAGAGACAUUGAAAAGUCUUAGGAGCUUUUAUGCUUUCUAGCUUUUCUUCUCUGAUGAUUACAUUUAUAAUUCAGCAGGAAGAAACAACAUCACCAGGGGUUUAUUGGCUUUUUCUUAGUGUUCUGCCUCUCCCUCUCCCUUCCUCCCUCUCUCCCUCUCUCUCUCUCAUUCAUAUCAACCUAGUGUUGCAGGUUUUAUGUAUACAAGUCUCUAAUCAUACUCUGAUGCCUGAACUUGAGGAGGGAAAUAUGUGUAUAUUUUUGUUCCAUAAAAAUAACUUUAGGAACUGUAGCCAUUUCAUUGCCUUAAUUUUAAGAGGAAAAUACAAAAAAGGAACAGAUUUGUUUGAGUGAGAAAUCAAAUCUUGAUGCUUCAGAGUUGGUUUAGGGUGUUAGCUGCUAUGAACCUGUUGCCCAUUUGGUCGUGUAUUUAUGUAGGUUUAUGAGAGGAAUGAAAAGCUCAUUCCUGUGCAGUCUAACUUUUUGAGUGUGUUUCUUUCCAGCCACAUAGACCAUAUCUACUCUGAAUGGCUUACUUAAGCAAUAAACAAUUUUAAAGGAUGUGAAUUACAGAUUCACACAGACUAUUGCACGUUGGGGCACUAGGGGCAAUAAUUAUGCUAGAGUGGAUGUCAUCUUCAUGUCACGGGAGCCACGUGAAUUUAAUUUCAGAGAUUAAAAAAUUCACUUUAGGAUCCUCUAGUUUGAUCUUUCUAAUCAGGACUUUUAUACUGCUGCCAUACUCCCCUAAUUCUGUGUGCCAGCUUAAAUAGUGGAAGUGAAAGCUAAUUUAUAAACUGCAGACAUGUGAAACUCUGCCCACUGCAAUAACAGACUCACGCCAACACGGUGACAGGUGAGGGCUCUGGCACAGGGAUGCUCUGAAACUCUGCUCUCGCUGUGUUCUGCUGCACCAUGCUGCGAAUACAGUUUUAAACCUGAAUCGCAUACAGUAUAUACAUCUUCACCUGUGUUGCUGUGCAAAACUUUGAGUGACUUGUGUUAUUAAGUUAUAGUUAACAAAAUCAGAGCAUCUAAAUUACAUCCAACCUGUGCACGUGGCGUUAGAUGUGAGUAAAUGCAGGGCCUAGGGCCAUAACUUUUUAAGGAACAUUUAAUUUGAUCACCAUUGAAUAACAAGGGGAAACAAAAUAAGUCUUUAAAGACUGCUAGAAAGAAAACUAAUAUCACUCUUCAUGAAAUACACGUUUUGUAUUUUAAAAAUAUUUUGAAUGAUGCAUUUAUUUUUCGAAAUUUUUUUCCUUAAAGAACUUAAAGUGUUGUGCAGCAUUAACAGAUUUCUUUUGCAUUGUUCCUGGCGUUCUGUGUUUCCUGUGUCCCCCAAGCAUUCUCAGUAGCUGUGAGAUACGUGUGUCUGUCUGUGUGAUAAGUACAGCCUUUAUCACGGGCACUGAAACACGCAUCUGACUGAAUCAGUCCACUGGCCAUGACAAAACUAUAAUCAAGUUAUUAUUUAAAAUAAAGAUGAUAGGAAAGUAAUGCCUUGGUAAGUAAAAAGGCAUCUAUCUGUAUUUAAUAAUUUUUACCCAGAUGGAAACAUAUUUGCUAAAUUUGCCCAGAUACAAUUAUGAGCAUGCAAUUUUGUUAGGCCAGUUUUAAUUAAAACAAGAUUUACUUCAGAUUGGACCAAAUAAUACUUAACAGAUCACCAGAGUGACUAUGAGUUUUUAGGUAAUGGAGAUGCCACUUAAUUGCAGCCUCUUCAGGGUAUUUGUGUAUAUUUUUGCCUGAUUGGAUAUUUGUUUAGUUUGGGUCUCCUUUUGUUUAUUUUGUCCAGUUUUGUCUUUACCUAUGUUUAUUAACUUUCCAGACAAGUUUUGUUUUGUUUUAAUGCUCUUGCCCCAGUGAGUAUCAAGAACAUUGUCUUAAUUCUAGUAAAUUGAUUUUUUUCCUAUUAAAACUGACUGUUAAGUUGUCAAAAGAUUUUUAAAAACAAAAACAUUAUUUGUGCCCUUUUUUAUAUAUGUUAAAGGGACACUGUCAAAUAUUGAUUGAGAUUUUUGUGUUUUAUACAAUUUCUGUUGUUCACAUACCGGUAGUAUCCUUUAAACUCUAGUUUUCCAUACAUCCAUUGUUCUAUUUCUUUCUUAUUUUCCUUGACUCAUUUGUUUCUCAAGGCACAAUCUCUAAAGACUUUGUACUUUCACAAUUUGAACUAACAGAACAGCACCUGUAUUCUUGUUGCUCUGUUGAAAGGGUCGGUUUGCUUUUAUGAUUCUUGUGCUGGAUCAGUGGCUGUCUGAGUAGCAAAACUAUUUGGCAAUAUUUGACAGUGUCCUUUCCAACACAGUUAUAUGGGUCUUUCUGCCUGACUGUCUCUUACUCUGUUGGAAUACAGUGGCAUGUUAACAUCACUGCAUUGAGUUUUUAUCUAGUAUAAAGUGUGAUGUUCUAUAUAAACAAACUUUGCAAUUUUUUUCAAACUAAUUUUAAGAAUUCAGCCUUAUUUCAUUGUAAGCUGUAUAUCUAAUUACAUUACUCUGCCCAGAUGAGAUGGUUACUACUUUUUUUCCCACAAUUUUCAUUUCAACACCAAGCAUCUGUAUCAUUUCCCCCAAUCAGCAUUAUUUAAACUUCUCUUACUGUCUUUGAACUUCCUCUUUUACCACAAAUGUCAAGUCUUUAUAGGUCUAAUAUCACCAUGUUUCCCAUUUCUGUUAAUAAUUCUGUGAACCCCUCAAGUAUUGAAGGGAGCUAGCUGUCAGUUUCAAGGAUUUCAAGUUUGAGUCUCCAGUAUAUAGUGUCAAUUGAACCCUGAAAAUACUAUUUUUCUGUUACAAUAUUAUCUGUUUGCCACCUCUGUUGUUAGAGGUGAUUGUCAUUAGACUUUACUAAGUUAGCUGUCUCUGACAGGUAAUUGUUAUUAUUGGUUCCUGAAUAAAAUAUUAACCUUUAAGUCAGAAGGAACCUCAGUACUUCUUGGUAUUUUUUUAAACCAGAGAAUAAGGAACUGAUUUGAAUAUGAGGUUUAACAUUAUAAUUUUCUGUAAAUUUCCCCACAAAACAACAGUUGAUUUGAGGAUAUAAUAAUGGUUUAAAUUAUUUUUACAUGUAAGUAGAUAUUCUCUGACUUGGUAAUUACUAUGUUCUGAAAACACUGCAUUUAAGAAUUCUUUAAAAUUUGAUUUUCUAAAAUUGUCCAAAUUAGGCAUAUUGCUAAGCUCAAAUUGAUUUGAAGUGCCAUGGUUCAAGUUGAACUUUAGAUGUAUUUUAAUUUAGAUGUAAGAAAUGUCGAGUAUGCCGAUUGAUUAUAAUGAGAAACUCAUGACAUAGUUAGCCAAAGAAUAUAUUUGGUUCAGGCAAAGAUACAAGCUUAAUAAUGGGAUUUCUGGCCUCUUGUGCUCUAUGCGGAAGUCUUUGCAAAGACCAGAAUGGUCUAAGCGGGCUUUGGUGAUUCCCUCCUAGGAAUUGGGAGGUGUGGCUUGCCCAUUACACCCUUGAGGCUCAUGUCACCAACCCAACCAUCUUUACCCCCCCUCACCCACUGUGGUUUGCCCUUCACCUAUUGCUAGGCCUUCCCAGCGGUGGGAGAGGUGUCAUUUUCUUCUUGUCAGUCUACAUUUUUAGUCCUCUUAGCUGUUAGGAGCUGUCAGAUAUGUACUAGUAGCUAAUUUGCCUAGCCUGAGAUUAAAUACCGCAUCUGCACUAUGUACCUACUGGGGAUCUGACCUCAAGUGUGUUCUGAGCCCAGGCUUCCUAGUGUGGUAUCUUUUACCACAUAAAAUUAUGACAGAUUGCAAAUAUUGGUAUUGUGAUUUGAUUCUGUGUACAAAGAAAGAAGCUCUAUGCAGUGAGUUUGUGGUUUAAUGGUCACAAAAUGUUAGCACUGCUACCACUCAGCACGUGUAAAAUUUUUUAAAUUUAUAAAUAUUAAAAUUUUAAACUUAAA